GACAGCACUGUUCGUCCCUGCAGAACCAGAGAGAGACGGCUAAUCGCCAACAAACAAUCCCUCUGACUCGAGAAAUCUAAUGAUCAGCCGUGUUUAGAGCCACUGUGAACAACUAGUGUGAGCUAAUCACGUCCGUUAUUUACCCCUCUGCCUGUGAGAGCUGGUGAAGAUGGUGAAGCCAGACAUCCACACUCUGGCCCACCACCUGAAGCAGGAGCGACUGUACGUGGCGUCGGAGAAGCAGCUGAUCCAGAGGCUCAACAGCGAUGUGCUGAAGACAGCUGAGAGGCUCUAUCGGGCCGCCUGGAUCGCCAAGCAGCAGAGGAUCAACCUUGAUCGUCUCAUCCUCACCAGUGCGGAAGCCUCUCCAGCUGAAUGCUGCCAACAUGCCAAAAUGCUGGAAGACACACAGUUUGUUGAUGGCUACAAGACUCUGGGCUUCCAGGAGACAAUCUACGGUGAGUUCGUGGCCCGGUUGAGGGAGAACCCCAGACUGGUGGCGUCAUGCCUGGUGGCAGGAGAGAGGCUGAACCAGGAGCAUACCCAGGGGGUCAUCUAUACAGUCUUCACCUCACUGUAUGGCAACUGCAUCAUGCAGGAGGAUGAGAGCUACUUGCUACAGGUGUUGCGGUACCUGGUAGAGUUUGAGCUGAAGGAGAAUGACAACCCUCGCCGUCUGUUGCGAAGGGGAACCUGUGCCUUCAGCAUCCUUUUCAAGCUCUUCUCUGAGGGCCUGUACUCAGCCAAACUCUUCCUCACUGCCACCCUCCACGAACCCAUUAUGCAGCUGCUGGUGGAAGAUGAAGACCACCUGGAGACAGACCCAGCCAAGGUGACAGAGCGCCUUACUCCGGCCCAGCAGGAGCGCUUUGGAGAGAAGGGCUCCGAGGGUUACAAACAACGGGUGCAGGCAGCGGUGGAGGCCAAUGAAGCCAAGCUGGUUGCUCUGGUCAAUAAGUUUAUUGGUUACUUGAAGCAGAACACCUACUGCUUUCCCCACAGCCUGCGUUGGAUUGUGUCCCAAAUGUACAAGACAUUGUCCUGUGUGGAGCGUCUUGAAGUGGGUGAGGUGCGCACCAUGUGCACAGACCUACUGCUGACCUGCUUCAUCUGCCCAGCUAUAGUCAACCCGGAGCAGUAUGGUAUCAUCUCAGAUGCCCCCAUCAAUGAAGUGGCCCGCUUCAAUCUAAUGCAGGUGGGGCAGCUUUUGCAGCAGUUGGCCAUGGCUGACGAUGAUGCAGACCCAAGGCGGAAAAGCUGCUUGUCUAAAUUUGAUAAGAGUUGUGUAGCUGCCUUUCUGGACGUGGUGAUUGGAGGUAGAGCAGUCGAGACCCCACCAAUGUCCUCAAUGAAUCUUCUAGAAGGCCUGAGCAGGACUGCGGUCUAUAUUACGCAUCAUCAGCUGCUGGCACUGUUGGACUUUGUGCGAAGCGUGACGGCGGGAGACCACCUUCGGGAGGAGGACCACAUGGCUCUGGAGACCCUGCUGGCCAAUGUGCCCCAGUCUCGAACUGUGAAGAGCAACAGCCUGGAGCUCACCCCAUCCAACACCCCUCAGCUCUCCCCAGCCACCACUCCCGCCAACAAGAAGAACAGGCUCCCCAUAGGACAACACUUAGCAGCUAUAACAUCCUGGGACCCCACAACCACCACUCUGUCUGCUCACAUUCCAUUAGUAACCCCUUUUGCAGCUGCUCGCAGCCGCAGCCGUACCAACAUAGCCCAGGAGGGGGAGGCAGAGGCCAGCUCCCAAGAGUCCCUGCAGGAGCUGAUGCCAGAGGAGGUGCUGGUGAUUUCACUAGGAUCUGGUCCUCAGAAUGUCCCUGGGAUGAUGUCAGAGAAUGAGGUUUUGAACCUGCAGAUGGCUGAUGGGGCCCAAGGGGACGGCCAUGCUGAUGACACUAAGCUGCAUGGUAAACCAGACAAAACUCUGCGCUUCUCCCUCUGCAGUGACAACUUGGAGGGCAUCUCAGAGGGUCCAUCUAAUCGUUCUAACUCUGUGUCAUCCCUGGACCUGGAGGGAGAAUCAGUUUCUGAGUUGGGAGCUGGACCUUCAGGGAGCAACGGGGUGGAGGCUCUACAGCUUUUGGAGCAUGAACAGGCCACCACUCAGGACAACCUGGAUGAUAAACUGCGCAAAUUUGAGAUCAGAGACAUGAUGGGCCUGACGGACGAUAGGGACAUCUCUGAGACUGUCAGUGAAACUUGGAGUACUGAUGUGCUCGGCAGCGAUUUUGAUCCCAACAUGGAUGAAGACCGUCUGCAGGAAAUAGCAGGGGCAGCUGCGGAGAACAUGCUCGGCAGCCUGCUGUGUCUUCCUGGCUCGGGCUCAGUGCUGCUCGACCCCUAUGGCUCCACGAUCUCGGAGACCACAAGCGAGGCCUGGAGUGUGGAGGUCCUGCCCAGCGACUCAGAAGCCCCGGACCUGAAACAGGAGGAGCGUCUGCAGGAGCUGGAGAGCUGCUCCGGUGUUGGCAGUACCUCAGAUGAUACAGAGGUCAGAGAGGUCAGCUCAAGACCCAGCACUCCAGGCCUAAGUGUUGUCUCAGGUAUCAGCGCAACCUCAGAAGACAUCCCCAACAAGAUCGAGGACCUGCGGUCAGAGUGCAGCUCAGACUUUGGAGGAAAGGACUCUGUGACCAGUCCAGAUGGGGAGGAGUCAGGCCACGGAUCACACCAUCUGACAUCUCCACCCUCACAAGCUGAUUCCUUAUUGGCCAUGUUUGAUCCCCUCUCCUCCGGUGAAGGUUCCUCCACUGGAACAAUAGUGAGGCCCAAAGUGCACUACGCCAGGCCCCCUCACCCUCCCCCCGACCCUCCCAUCCCUGAAGCCAGUGCCCUGGGGCAGGACACACGCCACUCUCUCUUCACGCCCCACUGCUUGGCCCAGGCUGAGCUGGAGCACACUAAGCAGCGCCACUCCUUCCCUGACAGGCUGGUCCGUAGCCGCAGCUCUGACAUCGUGUGCCCAGGCCGCCGGCCCACAAGUGACCCCGGCCUUAAUCGGCGGGUAGCAGUCGAAGAGCGCGACCCUGCUGGGGCCUUCGCAUUAGGACCGUCCUCGUCCCCCAGCAAGGACUCCCUGAAAGGAGAGACUGAGGACAGAAAAGACAGUGAUGAUGAGAAGUCUGAUCGCAACAGACCUUGGUGGAAGAAACGUUUUGUGUCAGCCAUUCCCAAAGCACCGAUAGCAGCAUUUAGGAAAAGGGACAAGCAGGAGAAAGAUGAUAUUGUUCCGGAGCGAAUGCCGCAAGAUGACCCUUUGCCCAGACAGAGCACACAAGCGCAGGCAGCUGAAGACAUCCUGGACAAGUACAGGAACAUAAAGAGGACCAGCCCGAGUGACGGAGCCGCAGCCGGAGCUUCUUACGAUGGUACCGGAGAUCUUUGUGUUGAGGACAGCGUGCAUGACUCUCCAAGAGAAGACACCCUGCAGAACAUUUCAACAGAUGACCUCCCAGACUCUGCCAGUCAGACAGCACAGCAGCAUGACUCCAAGUUCUCUUUCAGUGAUGCAAAGAAGAAGUUGAGGUUGGCGUUGUGCUCUGCAGACUCAGUGGCUCUGCCCAUCAUGACCCCUGCGACCACUCGAAAUGGGCUGCCUGACCACAUGGACCCUGAAGACAAUGAGAUCGUCUGCUUCCUGAAGGUCCAGCUAGCAGAGGCCAUCAACCUUCAGGAUAAGAACCAGAUGGCCCAGAUCCAGGAGACCACGCGUUGCGUCAGCCGUUUCGACGCACGUACCUGCAGGAAGCUGCUGGCUGCUAUCGCGGAGGAUUACAGAAAGCGGGCACCAUACAUAGCCUAUCUAACCAGGUGUCGUCAGGGCCUGCAGACCUCACAGGCCCAUCUGGAGAGGCUCGUCCAGAGGGUGCUGAGAGAUAAGGAAGUGGCAAACCGCUACUUCACCACUGUCUGCGUUCGGCUCCUUCUCGAACACAUGGAGUCCAAGAUGCUGGACUUCAUUAAAGCGUUCCAGGGGUGCACAGCAUCUGAUGACAAGACCGCAGCAGUGGAGGAUUUUCUGCGCUACUUGUACGGUGCCAUGGCCAGUGAUGCCAUUUGGCAGUAUGCUAGCGAGGACCAGCUGCAGGAUGCCCAGAUGGCUAUCGAGCGCAGCGUUAUGAACCGCAUCUUCAAACUGGCUUUCUACCCAAACCAGGAUGGAGAUAUUCUCAGAGACCAGCUUUUCCACGAACACAUCCAGCGGCUCUCAAAAGUUGUGACGGCGAAUCAUAAAGCUCUUCAAAUCCCAGAGGUGUACCUGAAGGAGACUCCCUGGCCCUCUGCGCAGUCUGAGAUCAGGACCAUCAAUGCCUACAAGACUCCAAGAGACAAAGUCCAGUGUAUACUGCGCAUGUGUUCCACCAUCAUGAACCUCCUCAGUCUGGCAAAUGAAGACUCCGUCCCCGGAGCCGACGACUUUGUCCCCGUGCUCGUCUUUGUCCUGAUAAGGGCAAACCCGCCCUGCCUGCUGUCCACCGUUCAGUACAUCAAUAAUUUCUACGCCAGCCGGCUGAGUGGGGAGGAGUGCUAUUGGUGGAUGCAGUUCACCGCGGCAGUGGAAUUCAUUAAGACCAUCGACGAUCGCAAGUGAAGCAGAACAGCCACCUGUAUGGGCAGACUGCGGGGGAAGGAGCCGGGAGACUGGGAGACUUCCCAACCAACUGCUCCCUCUGCACAGCUUCUAAAACCUGGCCCUCAGCCUGCUCUUUAUUUGUAUAGCUUGUACAUAGCCAGAGACGUUGAAAGAUUACAAAAUAUAUAUUACUGUAUGUAUGUGGACAAAUCCAGGUUUUAGCCGUGGUGGGAAAAAACGGCCUUGGGGGAAAAAAUUUGGCAAAAUGUUAACUUUGAACCGAAUUUGGAUUUUUCCUUUUUAAUCUUUUUGUCUCUUCCGUCAUGUUUCACUUUUGGGGUCUGUAUUAGGAAUAUAUACAUAUAAAUACACACACACACACACACACACAUAUACAAUUAUCAGUAUGACAUUAAAUCAACCUAAAAGAUAAUCCUAUUUAAAGGGACCAGACUUCCUUGGUGUGAUCACUGAUCUUUUUUUGUUUGUUUUUUUUUCAGAGUGAGAGGGAUGGGCUUCCAAUUAAAUUACAAUGCAACGUCCAUCAGUGCAUUGUAACAUGGUGAUUUACAGUGCGUGAGAGUUACUGAUGGGAUUUAGUGACUCAAACAUAGAGAGCAAUUCACAGUAACCAUCACUACUCAUAAGAUUAGUGUAUCAAACAGUAGGGCAGCUUAUUACAUGAAUUGUUUACUUCAUCCUAUUCCCAAAACACGUGUCAGUGAACAAUUUGGACAGAAGGGCCCACAUAUUUAUAUGAAAUAAAAUGUAUUUAUUUCUGUAAUUCUAUUUAAUGCUUUGUUUAUCUAAUUUUUAAGAAAAAAAACAAUGAAAAUACAUAUCAUGCCCAUUCAAAUGUCUGAGGCAAGUGCUGGUAUUGUAUUAAACUUGCGAGAAAAAAGCUUGAGUUAGGAAGGCACCUUAGUAGUGAGUAGCCCUUAAGGCGGGGGACGCUGGGCGAUCUAAGACAUACAGGGUCAACUCAUGCACAGAGCAGUGGUGGCAUUUGAGGAAAUAUUGAAAAUAGUGCCUUUGAUGUGGGGCGCUCUGUACAGGUAGUUAAUAUUCUUUUUUUUUUUAAACCCAGAAUAGGCAUUAACGCCCCCUCUCUUACACACACACAUACACUCCAAUGGGCCAACCACAUCUUACUGAGGAACCUUUUUGUCUAGCCCUCACACGCAGGAACACACAGGCAUUGCCACAUUUUACUGAUUGUGACGGCUCAGUCCCUUUAAACGCACUUGAGUUUGAACAAAUAUCCCCUUCGGUAUUCUUAGCUAGAUCCUACCUCAGAGUUGAAACCAAUGAGCCUGAUAUCAGUCCGCAGAAACAGAAACUGUCCUGCAUUGGUCGACAACAGAGUACUGGAUCACAUUUUGCACUGGUCAAAGGUUUGCUGUAGAUUCGUAAGUUCAGCGCCUUUUCAUAGUAAUACAUAAAGGGGAAGGGGAGGAAAGUUGGGAUACUGAGCUGCUGUGAUGCUUGUUGUGGUCACAUCACCCUUAAAUAACAAGCCUUUGUUAGUGAACAAAGACGUUUUACUUUCUGAUCUUAUUACCUGAGAUGCCACAUGUGUCCGCAUGGGCAGACUAGUGAACUAUUGGAUAUUAGCGCUCUACCUCCUCAUAAGUUCAAGAAAGGGACUCGUGUUUAUGUGCACUUAUAUUUCUUUUGUUUCCCCCUAUUUUGGCGUGCUGUGAUAUCCCAGUGUCAUUGUAUCUUUCCAAUUAUAGAAGAAGCAUGUCUUUAAUUAUCCAGAAAUGACUAAAACUCCUUUUCUCUUGAAUUCCUCUGCUUCAUUUUUGUGCACAGACGUGCCACUUGUAUUAUAGUUUGAAUAAUCCAUUACAUUUUAUGGUAAAUGACCUGACAGCACAAUACACAGUAGGAUAGAAGAUCAAAUAAUCAACACUAUUGACUUGUUACUGACUUUGCAGUUAAUGCUAAAGUGGUUGGUGUAGUACAUGAGUGUUUUUCUUUCUUUUUUUCUUUCUUUCUUUUUUGUCUAGUGGGUGUGUGAGACGAUUGUGUGAUUGGUUGACCCUCUGCCUCCUCUUGCAUGAAGUCAUUGAAUGGUCUGUACAUUCUCAAUCAUGGUAAAACAGUAGAAUAGGAUUAGUAUCUGCCACAGGCCAGUAAUUGAACCUGCAAGAGGAUGCAAAGCUUUUCUUUGUGUCCGUGAUACUUGCAUAUCAGAACUCAAUGAUUUAUUUUGCACAAAAUAUCUUUUUCCUAAAAAAAAAAUUAAAAAAAAUAAGCAUUUGACAGGGAGCAGUGCAUUUUGGAAUUACUGUCUGGCCUCCGCAGCCGCAGUCAUUUAACAUGAACAUUUAUUUGAGUAGCAAACUUAAGGACCUGACUGUUACUCUUUCAAGCUGAUGAGCAUCCGCGUUUAUGGGAGACAUCACAAAUACAUUUUCUACCCGUCUACAGUAGCACAUGCACCAGAUUCACAUGUGUGCUGUACACUUCCUCGCAGGGUCUGUGUAAUCAAUUUGAUGAGAAAACCAUGCACUGGAAAAUCAAGUUGCAGGUUGCAUCUAUACUAAUUAGGUUUGUGUGAUGUCACUUUAAUUGGAAAUACAUACUGCACAAAUCUGAUGAAAUUAUUUGGACCUGGCUUAUGUUUCAGGGUUUCCUCAGAUAGCCGGUCACAGCUACGAAUGACCCCAGUGAAGCACUGAUCAAAACACCAAAUCAUCUACACGCAAACAAACACAUACGACUGUGAUAUUGACUAUAAUUUUUUAGCUCUGAUUGUAUGCAAACCACUGAGCAGUGGUGUCAAAUAAACCAGACCAAUGAGGUCUGUUCUUCAAAGCUUUACUGCUCUGCUCCCUGUACAAUUGAGUUGAAAGGAUGAGCAGAGAAAAAAAAAGUUUUACAUAUUACAUCUAAUUUUACAUUUAAUUGUAAGCUUGCACAAUUAUGACAUGCGGGGAAAGCCGGUUUGUCUUUACUGUGAUUAAUGCAUUAUGUAAUUCUUUAAAAACAAUAAAAGAAGCAGAAGUUUUUCCUU